CAGUAUUGACAAACUGUCAAAUUACGAUCGGCUGAUAUCGUCGAUCGUAAUCACGUAUUUAUUAUUAAAAAUGUAUUUAAUCGAAUAAUAUAAACAAAGCCAUGGAUGAAAACGAAUUCUUCAGACAGACCGUGCAACAUUUAGCUCGAUGUCUAUCGAGUAUAAAUCCAACACCAUGGGAGAAGGUGAACACCCUCUUCAUGCUAUGUCCUCAAGUGAGCUCAUCUCUCAUUGUGACACCGCGGAGUCAGGAAGCAUCCAUAGCCCUUGGACUGUACUUCCUCCAGAGCAACCUGCAGCAUCAGGACAAACUCCUGCCAUACUUCCUGAAGGUCCUGAAGUGUCUCACGACUGCACAGUUUGAGGAACCGGUGUAUAGGAUUAAGAAUGGAGACCGUAUACCGAUGUCAGAAAAGUUCAGUUUUUGUCUCAAUACCCUGCUCUCAGACAUCGCUACGAAACAGCCCUCACUGCGAGAGGAGAUCAUCACAGCGCAAAUUGAACUUAUGUCCAACCUGACAAAGAUUAUAAUCAAUUGCCAUGAAAGCAAGGAUUAUUCCAGCACUACAUCUAAACUACAGCUUUGCAAGAGUACUAUUCCUAUCUUAAUAGGUUUGGCUAGGUCUAUGGGACGAUACGCGACGGUAGACCCUCCUCUUCUCUGCCGUCUGUUCCCCCAGCCUCCAAGUCCAGUUAAGACGAAGGAACCGGAGCCAAACUUCGAAUAUUCCACUCUGGACAAGAAGAGGAAGUUCAACCAAUUCAGGCCUAUUAUCCCAAGGUCUUUAUCAGGCAAUCUGAAUCCGAACAACGAGAGUCUUCUGGAAAAUGGCAAUGAUACCGUUGAUAGUAAUGGAGGGACCCUCAAAAGAGGUUCCCUCCACAGUUACAACUCGGUCCCUUACGAUCCUACGACCUACUUCUUCCACAAAUUCGGAUCCAGUUUCAACCAGUUUCCGUAUAUGAGGUUUUCUGAGUCUCCAGAAAAGAGGAUCAAUGUACAAUUCUACGUGACUUACCUCCAGUCGAUUUUGUCUUUAGCGAAGAAGAUGCUUACCAAAGAUUUGUUAGCGUUUUUGGAUGAAGAGGCGGAAGAUAUUUAUGCUUCUGGACAGAUUCAGGUCUUCCCAUACAAGUCCUUUUCGGAGACGUUGAAUUUGGUGAUGGUGACUCUCCUACGAGAAUUGCUGCAGCAUCAGAAGGACUUGCCUGGUCCCUUCACCAAAGAUGUUCAGGAAUUCGUAAAAUGCCUCUUUCUGAGUGGUCAGACAGAACUCCAGAGUCGGCACCACGAUGCUUCCGAGCGAGAAGACAGGGAGAGUAACUUCGCAACCGUCAACAAGUUCAAGGUCAACGUGAUGGCUAACUCAGCCUGUGUCGACCUCCUUGUCUGGGCUAUUGGCGAUGAAACAGGUGCGGAUUCGUUAUGUGGACGUUUAACUGAGAAGAUAAACUCCAAUCAUAACCACAAGUUGAUACUUGCACAUAUGCCGCUGCUGAUGGUCUGUCUUGAAGGACUCGGCAAACUAGCAACAAAGUUCCCGACGAUAGCGAACACAUCGAUAUACUGUCUCCGAGACUUCCUGGUGACUCCUUCACCCAUACUCUUCAAGCUACACAAGUUGGAGUUGGAGAAAACUGGCAAAGAACAUAUGAAGGUCACACUUCAGGGCAAAGAGCUCCAAGGGUUAACAGAGACUGGCGUGCCGGUGAAGUCGACGCCGUUCGAGAAACUUCGGGACGCCGCCAUUGAGAACCUGUGUGUCGCGUUGGAAGCGGCGUUGACUGUCGACCCGUAUUGUGUACCGGCGCUCGUCGGGUCCGUCAGUAAUCGGCUGUUUACUGCUGAGACUAGUGAUAGUGAGUCGUCGUUGAUAAGUACAAAUAUUGUGAUAAUGUUGGGACAUGUCGCCGUGGCGCUGAAGGACACGCCCAAGACCACAGAUACUAUUCUACAGUUCUUCCAGCAAAGACUUUGCCGCGCCCCAUCGUCCCUAGACACAUUGAUAGUGGACCAGUUGGGCUGCAUGGCGCUGGCCAGUCCUGAGGGUCCGGCUCACGACGAGAUCAUGCGAAUGUUCACCGUCAUCACAGUGGAAGCUGCCAGCGCUGCUUACCAUCACACUGAUGAUAAGAAGCAGUAUAGACACGUGUCGGGCGCCGUAUUAAACGCGCUAGCGAACAUAGCAGCUAACGUCCGCGGUACUACAGCUCGGCUCGAGCUGUUGACGAGGUUGCUCGAGCUGUUCGUACAGCUUGGUUUGGGGGGAGAACGAGCUACUGAUCGGUCACCAGCUCCCGUGUUGAAGGCGUCAGGCAGUGCUGGGAACUUGGGUGUUCUUAUUCCUGUUAUUGCGGUCCUAGUAAAAAGGCUACCCCCAAUAAGGAACCCGAAACCUCGUCUCCACAAGCUGUUCAAAGAUUUCUGGCUCUACUGCGUCGUGAUGGGAUUCACUGCGGCGGAAUCAGGACUAUGGCCUCAAGAAUGGUACGCCGGAGUAAAAGAGAUAGCAGUCAAAUCUCCCUUCCUUGUCUCUCAAACGUCGUUACGUUCGGAAAUGAGAGAGCUUCAAUACACGUCUGCCGUCCGCAACGAUUCGGUCUCGAUUAACGAACUUCAAGAGUUAAAGACUCAAAUUUCGAAUUUAUUGGACCAUUCGCCCGAGGUGACGGUGUUCGUGAAUAAACUGACGUUUGCACCGUGUAUGUAUUUGCUGAGCGUUUAUUGGUUGGAGACUUUGAGAGUAUCAAACUCCCCGGAACCGAGUCUGCUGCCGAUCAUAGAGUAUUUGAGUGACUCCGCUUUACAGAAAGACAAGACCGGUAUGUGGCAAUGUGUUGCCAGUGUCGGAGACAAGGUAUUCCAGAAAUUCCUAGACGUGAUGUCAGAUAAAGUAAAGGACGAGUCUCGAGAGCGUGAACUAGAGCAACACGCGCAGUUCCUAUUGGUCAACUUCAACCAUAUACAUAAACAAAUCAGAAGGGUCGCUGACAAGUGGCUCGCGGGGUUGGUGGACCGAUUCCCGCAUCUGUUGUGGAAUUGUCGGGUACUCUGGUCAAUGCUAGACAUCCUCCAAGUACUAAGCUUCAGUCUAGAACUAGACGCGAACCAAGAAACGCCGCUACUUAAAGUACCGGGGACCGACUUCACAUUGCAACUGCAAGAUACGCUGGAGGGGAGAGAGUGCAUAGUAAAAGACUUUGCGGAUCGCUGCCAAGGUAUAGUACAAGAAGCGAUGAAAUGGGCGCCGCAGUCAACGCGGUCACAUUUACAAGAAUAUCUGAAUCAAGUUCCAAACUCCACUCUCUGGCAUCAUUGCGGGCUUGCUCUUGCAACUGGCGCCCUACUAGGUGCUGCUGGACUGAACAGAAUGUCUGCCCCACUACCUCGCUCAGCGCUGGACAAGAGGCCACCCUGUGUUACUCAGGACUCGGCCGCUUUGCUAGCUGUCGUGUCUCAACGUAGCAGAUAUGCUGGAGAGAUCUCGGGCGCAGUGAGCGCAGAAGGCGGUGGCGAGGCGGCUCUAUGGCGAGUGGGGGCGCGACUCCACACAGCAUUACGGGACGCUUGCUCCAGUGGCAGCGAGACAUCCCACCGCGCGGCUCUAUGGCGGGCCACCGCGCUACUGGUGCACGCCCGCCACCACUCGCCGCACGCCGCGCACUCACACACCGCGCCCACUGCGCGCGCGCUGCUGCACUCUGUCGGUCAGUACUAUACAUUACUAGUAGACAGUGACUGGUCUACCACCGCGCUACUGGUGCACGCCCGCCACCACUCGCCGCACGCCGCGCACUCACACACCGCGCCCACUGCGCGCGCGCUGCUGCACUCUGUCGCAUGGUCUCAAGUGGACAUCUUCACGGAAGACGCAGUGACCACGGCCGUGGAGUGCUGGCAGUGGCUGACCACCUCCCGGCCAGAUCUGGAGAUCCGUCUCAUGCAGGAGAUCUUCGCAGCCUGGCAGAGCACCGUCGACAGGAGGAUGGGGCUGUUCUCUAAGCAGUGCGAGGAGAUUAGCCCUUUGGCUGCUCAUGAAGGUGCUAAACUAGAGCCCCGUCCCCCAUUCGUGGCUCCACACGCUGUGUGGGUUCGAUACUUGUGUGAGGUCGCAGAGACCGCCAAGUACAACAGCUUGGAGAAGGUGGAAAUGCUGGCGAGUUUGUUACAUAGAUCUCUACCAAUUACCGUGGGAGAUGUGAGAGAUCACAUCAACAGACACGUUGAAGCGGUUGGCGUUCGAUUUAAACUCCUGUCGUGCGGGCUGUCCCUCCUCCAAGGCGACAUCCUCCCCCGCUCCAUAGCGCGCAACAUCCUCCGCGAGCGAGUCUACGCAGCCUGCCUCGACUACUUCUGCCGGGGUCUCAUGUGCCCCGCCAAGAGUUCCAGCGCUCUAAGAGAAGAUAUCAUCUCCCUCAUCAAGUUCUGGCAACUGAUGCAUUCUGAUAAGAAGUAUUUGAAGAGCAGUGAUAUUGGAGGAGAAUUCGAGCUGAUGGGUCCGAGCAGUCAACAGAGUAUUUACACGUCGAACUCUCCGAUCGACAACCGUUCGUCUGUUAAUAGCGAUAUAGGCAGCCGGCAGACUACGGGCUGGAUUAAUACGGUGCCCAUGUCCACGACAACACUGAGCAGUGGCGCCGGCAGUAUAGCGGGGAAGCGAUCCAACCGCAGUGUCAAACCUCCCGCCAAACCACAGGACACGUUUGUUAAAGAUUACGUCAGGAAACGGAACCUUAUAUUGGAACUUAUGGCAGUGGAGAUAGAGUUCCUAGUGACAUGGCACAACCCGCACGGUCGGCCGGAGCAGGCGGUGCCGGGCGAGGACAACAUCACGACGUGGCGCUCCAAGCCCAACACGGACCGCACGUGGCGCGACUACGCCAAGCUCGCAUGGGACAUCAGCCCCACGCUCGCUGUCUUCCUGCCCGAGAGAUUGAAGAACGAAGGCAUAAUAUUGGAAAUACGUCGCAAGGUACAAGCGCAGCCUACAGCCGUGUGUCACGUGCCACAAGCACUGAAAUAUCUGGUCACUACUGAAACAUUGCUGAACGAUGCUCAUGAGCUAGUCCACAUGAUAACCUGGGCGCGAGUGAGUCCAGUGGAGGCCCUCUCGUACUUCAGUCGCCAGUACCCCCCGCACCCCCUGUCGGCGCAGGCCGCCGUCAACACCCUCACGUCAUACCCCUCUUCCGCUGUUUUACUGUACAUACCUCAGCUGGUACAGGCUUUGAGACAUGACACGAUGGGUUACGUAGCAGAAUUAAUAAAGUCUUUAGCGAAGAAGUCACAAGUGGUUGCUCACCAACUAAUAUGGAAUAUGCAUACGAACUUGUAUACGGAUGAAGAAAUGCACAACAAAGAUCCAGCCUUGUUCGACAUCUUAGAGAGCCUUACGAAGAAUAUCGUGGAUCGUCUAUCAGGACCGGCCAAGGCUUUCUAUGAAAGAGAAUUCGAUUUCUUCAGUCAAAUCACGAACAUAAGCGGAAUUAUCCGACCGUUCCCGAAGGGGGCCGAGAGAAAACGAGCCUGCUUGGAGGCGCUGAAAACUGUUAAGGUUCAGCCCGGUUGUUAUCUACCUUCGAACCCAGAUUCAAUGGUCAUAGACAUCGAUUACAAGAGCGGUACACCUAUGCAGAGUGCGGCUAAAGCUCCUUACUUAGCAAGGUUCAGGGUUCGAAAGUACGGCAUAGAUGAGAUGGAAGCUAUAGCCAUGGCGAUAUCCGCGGGUGAAGAUCCACCGACGGAGGACGGCAAAGACAGGUUCACUGGUAUAGCGGCGGAAGUGUGGCAGGCGGCCAUCUUUAAAGUGGGCGAUGACGUCAGACAGGACAUGUUGGCUCUACAAGUGAUAUCGCUGUUCAAGAAUAUAUUCCAACAAGUUGGGCUGGAUCUGUACCUGUUUCCCUAUAAGGUCGUCGCCACUGCACCUGGGUGUGGCGUGAUAGAGUGCGUGCCCAACGCCAAGUCCCGCGACCAGCUCGGCCGGCAGACCGACAUCGGCAUGUACGAGUACUUCAUCAAGAAGUACGGAGACGAAUCCACCAGGGAAUUCCAGGCCGCUCGCCGCUGCUUCGUGACGUCGAUGGCGGCGUACAGCGUGAUCGGCUUCCUCCUGCAGAUCAAGGAUCGCCACAACGGUAACAUCAUGUUGGAUGUCGACGGACAUAUCAUACAUAUAGAUUUCGGAUUCAUGUUCGAAUCCUCGCCUGGUGGUAACCUGGGCUUCGAGCCGGACAUCAAGUUGACGGACGAGAUGGUGAUGGUGAUGGGGGGGAAGAUGGAAGCCCCACCAUUUAGGUGGUUCUGUGAACUCUGUGUACAGGCCUUCCUUGCUGUCAGGCCUUACCAAGAAGCGAUAAUAUCAAUGGUAUCUCUAAUGCUGGACACAGGUCUCCCAUGCUUCCGUGGCCAGACCAUCCGACUGCUAAGGUCCAGGUUCGCUCCCAACUCGACAGAGAAGGAGGCAGCCGCCUAUAUGCUCUCAGUUAUAAGAAACUCCUUCUUAAACUUCAGAACAAGGACGUAUGACAUGAUACAGUAUUACCAGAAUCAAAUACCUUAUUAAAAAAGGUAAUAAACGUUCUAGAAUUUAAUUUAAAUAUUUGAAUUUUGGAUUUGUAACGGUCUUUUUAUGUGGAAUAGGGCGGCAGAAUUGAAAAAUCAAAUAUCCUUUUUGUAAACGAACAGACGGAUUACUUGAUGGUAAGCAAUUGGCGUCGCCCAUGGACAUCUGCAACAUUAGAGGAGUUGAGUGCGUUAUCAGACUUUUGGGGGAUAGGGAUUUACGGAUUGGGGGUAAGGGGGAAGGUUGGUCCUACUAAAAUAACCUACAAUAUUUAAAAAAAAAAGAAUUUGUAACGGAUUUUUUUGCCGUUAGUUUGUAUUUUGAAUUGAUGAUGCAGUUAUUUCUAAUAAUGUCAUGUUUUGUAGUGAGAUAUUUAAAUUGGCGAGUGAUUUUGAAAUCUUAUCUAAUUAUUAUUAAAUUAAUAUUGAAUGUUUACCGCCUUUUAAAAUAUGUAGAUGUAUACAAAAUUGCAAUGUUACUAUUAAAUUAUUGUGGAGGUCUCUCCUUCUCGGGUGGUGGUCCCACAAAUUACAAUGUUAUAUUAACUUUAACUUUCAAUAAAUGUCUUCAAUAAAAAUUGAAUUGUAUGUCAAAGAUUUAAUGUCUUAAAUCCCAUAGCAAAUUCUAUAUUACAAGUGUUAAUGAAAAUUGUACCUUAUUUUUAUUUGCUGAUGAAGAGUGCUGAAUUUACAUUAAACCAGAAUACAUCAAGAGUGUAAAAGAAACUUUACAUUGUUUAGGUACGUAUAGAGCGUGAAGUAAGUACAAAGAGGAGAUGCCAUAAUGUGAUUGUGCACUGUGACAAGACAAAUUAUAAAUGUAAAAAGGUGUAGAUAGGUUAUAAUCGUUCAGAAAGUGGCACAUCUUUUUCUUUUUUAAAAACGUUGCCCUACUCGAUUUUCUUCUGUGUUGUGGGUGCGUUUACAAACAUACAAUUUCACAUACCCAAGCCACCCAGAACCGAAAAUAAUUCGCGUCAACCGAGCAGUCAAACAUUAAAAUGUGAACAAUUAUCAACAUUUUUUUAGUAUGGAACCGGUAGAUGGA